AUGGCAAAAACGAAUGAACUGAGCAUUGAAAAACGUGCGAAAAUACAGGUUCUCCAUGAACAAGGGAAGUCCCAAGUAGACAUUGCAAAAACAGUGAAGUGCUCGCGUCGAUGUGUACAAUACACUAUCCAGCGAUUCUCUCAGACCAGUUCACAUAAAGAUAGGCCUAGAUCUGGCCGCAAACGGAUCACUACAGAUCGCGAAGACCGAAUAUUGACGAGAGAAUCUUUGAAAAAUCGGAAAAAAACUUCUUUGGUCCUCGCUGCCGAACUAUCAGAGCAAAUUAAUAGACCGAUUUCUACUCGAACUGUUCGCCGAAGGCUUCAAGAAGUUGGUCUAAAUGGCCGCAAAGCUAGAAAGAAGCCAUGGCUCUCAGACAAAAACAAAAAGGCUCGAUAUAAAUGGGCUUUAAAAUACAAAAGCUUCACUGAAGAGGAUUGGUCAAAUAUUGUAUGGUCAGACGAAUCAAACUUUGAGAUUUUUGGUACACCUGGUGUGACAUUUGUUCGUCGUCGAGUAGGAGAAGAAUUCAAUCAGGAGUGUGUGGUGCCUACUUUGAAACAUGGUGGCGGUAGCGUAAUGGUCUGGGGCUGCAUGAGUGCUUCAGGAGUGGGAGAAAUGUUCGUGUGUGAGGGUCGCAUGGAUGCCACAAAGUACAUAAACGUACUCGAAAAUGCUCUUUUGCCGUCGUUUACUGCACUUUAUGGCGAUACCAACAUGAAUGGCGUCAAAUUUCAGCAGGACAAUGCGCCUUGCCAUAAAGCUGCACGGACAAUGGCUUGGUUCAGAGAAAACUGCAUCGAGCUUCUGGAUUGGCCAGCCCAGUCACCAGACUUGAACCCGAUUGAACAUUUGUGGGGCUUAUUGAAGCGCAAGAUCAGGCGUCAUACAUUCAAGAAUAAAGAAGACCUGAAGCGCCGUCUACGUGAGGAAUGGAACGCUUUAACUUACGAAGAAUGUAAUAAACUUGUACGAUCUUUACCUAAAAGAAUUUCUGCCGUGAUUAAGGCGAAGGGUGGUACCACAAAAUAUUGA